AGCGAGUGCCCCGCUCUCUUUUAUCGGCAGUGGUCGUUUGACGCGGUUCCAAGGGCCAUCGAGGCAUCCCCCGAACGACUUGAUGACAUGCCUGAGGACGGCGAGCAGUCAACAUGGCGACGAGGUUGGCCGGGCCUCCAAGACUCUUCGCGAAGCGGAACUACAUUUUGCUCCCUUGGACCAGAAGCACGAAAAAAUGGAGGCACGUCCUGUCCAGGGGAGCGUCAUCAACGUCACUACAAAAAGAAAGACCAGUACGUGAUGUGAUCAUACCGCUUCCCUACGGCCAUCUAGCAGCGAAACAGUGGGGACCGGACCAUGGCCAACCCGUACUCGCCCUCCACGACUGGUUUGACAACGCCGCCAGUUUCGAGCCCCUGGUAGCCUUCCUCAAACCCGAAUUUAGGAUAGUGUCACUGGACCUUAUAGGGCACGGAUUGUCAUCCCACCUCCCACCUGGAUCCAACUACAGUCGAGAUCGUUACGUGGAAGACGUGUUAAGAGCGGUGGACUACCUUAAAUGGGACACCUACGCCAUCGUGGGUCAUGGUAUGGGUGCUGGUGUCGGCUACUUUUUGGGUUCCCUGCAGCCUGAAAGGGUCCCUAGACUGGUGUCUUUGGAAGGUACCUUCCCAGCGGCUCCCUCUAGCGCUCGUGAUCCAGCGCAACACAAUAUGAAAAACACUGAUACCUCCUUGAGGCCCUGUUACACCAAAGUGGACGUUCUGCGGAAGAUGGCUUCUAGGGGUAUCAGCUCGAAAUCAGCCAGGUUCAUGAUGGUUAGGGGAUGUUCCUCACUUGGCGACGGGCGCUAUAUCUUCAACGCUGAUCGUAGGAUCGGCUGUGCUGAAACGCAGGUGUUAUACCCUGGCGUCUUCGACAAAGUUCUGCCAAGAUUUCAAAACAGCAUGCUCGUGCUGCGAAGGGAUGCUGAACUCGUGGAAAAGGCUGGGUGCCCCAAUAUGGAUGCUGUUGAAGCUCUUAUUCGCUGUGUAGGCGCCGAGCAGUGCUCUAGGUUUAGUUACGUUGUUAUUUCUGGAGAGAAAGGCAUUCAUUGGACGAAGCCGAAUGCCGUGGCGCGCAUUGUGAACGAGUUCUUGUGUACCUGAUUUUUGUGUCAUGCAGUGGCAGGCAUGUGUUAUACUGUACCAUAGCUUCCUCUAUAUUGACAUAGCCUGGCAGUUCGCUACGAGAAGCGGCCGCCGAAAUUGAAAAGGUAGAGCGGCAGACAACGGAUGAGAUGAGAGCCGCGUGAUGGGCGCCCCGCUGCGGCGAGACGCCGAAACACACUUGUCCCGAGCGAUGAAAUGUCCGCUGGCGUUCCUCGCGUUACUGCUUUUUUUCUCGUCGGGCUUGAAAACCAUGUUUCGGGUCCUCGCCGCUGCAAAGGCUGUGCGCUGACGUCCAGGUUCUCCGAGAAAUGCUCUGUGCUACCAGAUCCUCCCGCCCCAAAUCUGCGACCGGGCACUCUAUGGCUCCGUCGUCAAACUGCCAGGCUUUGUGAGUAUAGAGAAGGCUAUGACUUCUACCGCGGUUUAUAUGAACUGAACCACCACUCCGCGCGGCGUUUGGAACUACCAAAAUCAACAAUCGCGCGCUUCUUUUUUCUUCUUUUUUUUUUUUUUUGUUGACGUUGAUACAUGUCGACGCCAAGACAACUGCUUUCUCGCUCUCGUUGCGGUACAGUGCUUUUUCGUGUAGUCUGCUAGUGAGGAUGUGCAUGCGACAUCCCUCCGCUUAGUCGAACCGUAAAACCAAUACAAGACAGAACAUAAAUCUCUCGUAAACGUUCUAGAAACAAAUUCUGCAGCGCGUCGACUUCUGAUCAAGCAAUAAUCACACCACAGUAGAGUUGCUCAAACAGAAGUGUCUCUUUGUUUAACCAUGAACACAAAGACAUAUUAAAAAAAACUUCAAGAGUGGCGAUAA